AUGGAAGAUGUAUCUAACUCAAAUGACGAGUCCUCGGAUGAAGACAAUGAGUACUGGGUCCCAAUCGCCAGUUCUGGCCAGCCAAAGACUGCCACAAGGACAGCUCCCAGGCCGAGAGAACCCCUCUCAAAAGAACCAGUCAUCUUGAGGCGUCUCAUCUCGCCAAACGUUGCGCAGCCCCCAGUCUACAUUGCGUCAGAGAGCAUCGUUGGAUCCUCAAAGUUCCCCCCGGAAGCAAAAGUCGUACCCCUUGACAAAGAGAACUGGCUAUUUGGCUUAAUCGACACGCUGCACCUUCGAGUGUUCAGUUUCGCCGAGGAGCCUACCGUCGAGAAGCCAGUCCCCUUUACUCCUGACAAUGAGUGGUUUCAAUGGUUCAGCCAGUUCUUCACCUGGAAUAGCAGGAGGAGCUCUGACCCCCUGCUGGGAUUCGCCAUGUCCAUGACAGCCAACGAGUGGGAGAUGCAAACGAUGACAAGACUAACCUUUUUCAUCACCGUGCCAUUUAUCGAUAAGCGAACUUUGGUCAUUGACACGGACAAGGGUGCCGAGCACACAUUCUCCCGGAUCAGUGACACGGGCAGUCUAGUGUCGUUGGCCUCCCUGGCCAACAUGCUCAUCAGUCGGCGCACCAUUGUCUUUGGAUUCAACAAGCUUGCCGAUGCCUUCAGCGCCACAUUACAAGACAUGAACAAGUUCGUCGGCAUCGACUUGAACAAGUUCAUCGUACUCAAGCUCAUUACAAUCAACGGCAACCUGCCUCUUGUAUUGGACACAGAUAAAGACUUUCGCAACGCACUGUGGUACAGGCCCGGCAUGGAGUACGCCGCCGAUCUCCGCCUGCAGUUUCACCUCGAGACCACGGGAUUGCAGAGUUGGCUUUCCGUCAUCUUGGACAAGAUUAGGGUCGACAAGAUGCUUUUGAUCCCGCGGAAAAAGGCCAAGUACGGAUAUAGUGCUAAAGCGGACGUCAUCCAGUCGACUGAAAGCGUUACUUGUCUCUGCAGUAUUUCGAUUCCUACUAGUAACCUUCAAUUCGAAACAUGCAUCAGCCUCACAGAGGAAAACCUUGCCGUGAUCAUGAACGUCAGGAGGCCGGAAACGCCAACGGAGCUGGGAGCCAUAAGUGGAAGCGGCGGGCUCCUUAAGAGCAUUGGGAAGUGGCUAGCAGGUGUGCUGAAACUCGAUUCUCUCGGCUUGAACGACAACUUGGACAGAGCAACCUAA